UGAUCGCCGGCCCGCGAACACGACGACUGUAUGUAUCGAACCUUCGACCAAGAAGGCUUUCCGAUUAUGUACGGAACUUAUUUUAUAAACAAUGGUGACACUGAAAUGUUCUAGUGAUUUUGUCUAUGGAAUUACAUAGUUUUUUUUAUUGAGUGACUUUUGAACGGAACAUUUUUUAAAGGAAAAACAAAAACAAAUCAACGAAAGGAAAGCAACGAACUAUGAAUUUGCUUCGGAUGAUGACAGAAAAAUGAGUGGAGAUGACACUUCUAAUAUAACACAGACGUUAACAAACCUAUUUGAAGAGAUGUUACUCGAAACUGAGAUGACUGGUGAGAACAGAACUAACGUGGACUUCUCCCAGUUUCUAUCAGCUUUGAGGGAGCAGACGACCAAGAACAGUUCCAAUGAGUCGCUGGACUUCGGGGCUCUGGUGAAGCUGGUGGAUGGGUGGAGGACCCGGCUGAAUUUGACGAGAUCUAGUGAGCCAGCUUGCACGUAUUGUGAGGGGAACUUCAGAGAUGUGAUCUUGGCUUAUAACAGCAUACAUGGAUAUUUGAGCCUCAUUGUAUGUUUCUUCGGCAGUCUAGCGAAUGCUCUGAACGUAGCAGUGCUGACGAGACGAGACCUAGCCGCAGCUCCUAUCAACCGUCUGCUGAAGUGGCUGGCGGUGGCUGAUGUCUUCGUAAUGCUGGAGUACGUGCCCUUCGCUAUAUAUAAGUACCUGAUAUUACCUGGACAGCGUGAGAUGCCGUACAAAUGGGCAGCCUACCUGCUGUUUCACAUGCACUUCGCUCAGAUCUUCCACACGGCGUCAAUAUGUCUCACGCUGUCGCUCGCUGUUUGGAGAUAUGUCGCUAUCAAAUACUCGGAUAAAAACCACAUCUUAUGCACAGAAAGGCGAUGUAGCACCGCAAUACUCAGCAGCUUUAUCUUACCACCUAUAUUAUGCAUACCUACUUAUAUGGUAUUCGACAUCCACACGGCCAUUGUACUAGAGCCAUCAGGACCCAUGAUACUGUACCACGUAGACUCUGACGAAGAAGGCCAACUAUACCAAAUCAACUUCUGGGUUCACGCCGUCGUCAUCAAGCUGCUACCAUGCCUCAUACUAACAGUCAUCAGCUUAUGGCUAAUACGAGAAGUCUACAGCGCAAAUCAACACCAGAAGAAAAUACGCGUUUACAACAAAUGUCCGACGAAUAAUAAAGCAGUGAAAAGACAGUACAAAGCUGACAGAAGAACGAAUAGAACGACAAAGAUGUUAGUAGCAGUUCUAUUACUAUUCUUAGUAACAGAACUCCCUCAAGGGAUUUUGGGUCUUCUCAGUGGAUUAUUAGGAAGAUGCUUCUUCAAACGCUGCUAUGAUCUAUUUGGUGAACUAAUGGAUGCUUUAGCACUGUUGAAUGGAGCCAUCAACUUUGUGCUGUAUUGCUCAAUGUCAAGGCAGUUCCGCAUGACCUUCGGGCAGAUGAUGUGGCGAGCGCACCUGCACCGGUGGCCCCCACCAACGGGAUCGCAAUCUGACGGACAGAACACCUCCAAAAUGAAACUCCUGAUUGUUUUGGCGUUGGUAGCUGUGGUAGCCGCCCGACCUGACGAUGAGUUCUACGAUAAGAAGUAUGAUGACUUCAAUGUGGACGAGAUCAUUGAAAACGUGCGUCUUUUGAAGGCGUACGCGCAUUGCAUCAUAGGCGACGGCAAAUGCACGCCUGAAGGAAAUGAUUUUAAGAGAUGGGUUCCCGAAGCCACGAAGUCAUCUUGCGGCAAAUGUACGGAGAAACAAAAGGUUCUUGUAGCGAAGACUAUCAAAGCCAUUAAAGAAAAAUGUCCUGAAGAAUAUACGACUCUUAUCAAGCAAUUAGACCCUGAGAACAAGUAUGCUGAUGAUUUGAAGAACUAUCUCGCCAAAUACGGCCAUUAAACGUAGCACCAAAUACUUGAAUUAACCUAUUUUAAUAUUUAACGUAAAGGUGGGAAUUAUACGUUUUAAACUUUUA